GACGGAUUACGGCGGCCGAGGAGAGAAAUGUGGGCGCGGGCGGUGUGGCUGGGCCGUCGGUCCUGGAUGGGCUGGCGCCGGGGCUUCACCUCCAAGGGGGAUCCUCAGGUAAAGACCGGGGCUGGCCGGGCGGGCGGUGAAGCGGCUCAGGAGACGGAGCGGGUCCCACCCAUGACCCCCUCCCCAGCCUCAUCCGCCCAGGGUAGUGGCCGGGUCACGGCCGAGGUGAUCGAGCACCUGGAGCGUCUAGCGCUUGUGGACUUCGGCAGCCAAGAGGCCGUGGCCCGACUGGAGAAAGCCAUCGCCUUUGCCGACCGGCUCCGCGCCGUGGACACGGACGGGGUGGAGCCCAUGGAAUCAGUACUGGAGGACAGAUGUCUGUACUUGAGAUCUGACAAUGUGGUAGAAGGCAACUGUGUUGAAGAACUACUACAAAAUGCCCAUCGAGUUGUGGAGGAGUAUUUUGUGGCCCCACCAGGUAAUAUUUCUCUGUCAAAGCAGGAUGAACAGAAGCCCUUUUCUCACACUGACUAGCUGUUCCUGGAAGCCCAAAGAUGGUAUUUUGUUACUAUGAACACUGAUGUUUCUACUUCCUGUGGUCACCUAAAAAAAACUGAUGGUUAAGUAUUUUUCAGUAACUAACUCUCUGAAGACAGAAUUGGGAAAUAUCUAGCCAAAACAAGGCAAUCAGUUCCUGCUGCUACUGGAAGUAAAAGGUAUUGUCACCUUCUGAGGAAAUGGACCAAAUAUUUACUCAGAGACUGUUCAGUAUGUAAGAUGUUAUUUUCCUUUAUCUCCUCCCAAAAAGAUGGUCUGCCAAACUGUACAUAAAUGAAUUUUUCUAUUUAUGUAACUGUUAGACAGUACAACAGUGUUAACUAUCUGACCACUGUGUAACAUCCUGUGUUGUACUUUUCAGUUGCUGUUUCUGUCAAUCUAAGAAACCUUGUACCUUUACCAAACAAACUUGAAUCUGUUCCUGGGUACCCACUUUGUUGGAGCAGAAGAAUAACUUUCUCCUAAGGUCUGAAGAGUGUUCAAAGUAGACUCUACAGCUUGGACACUCUUAACCUACAAUCAUCCACCAUCCCACAAAGUGAUUACUCGCAAAAGGGAUAUUAGCCAUAGCUAUAGUUUUUAUGAAAAGAACUUACAAUAAAAAAUAGCCCUGGAA